UUGCAACUGCACUUUCAAUCAGAUUUCGACAUCAUGGCCAGCCAAGCACAAGUCAGCCCCAAGAGGCAACAGGAGCUCCAGCUCCAAUACUCCAACUACAAAAACACGCUACAACAAUUGGCGCAGAAGAUCGGUGAUAUCGAGCAAGAAGCAGAGGAGCAUAAGCUUGUUAUCGAAACCCUCGACCCCCUCCCUAAGGAUCGGAAAUGCUUCCGGAUGGUGAACGGUGUACUGGUUGAACGGACAGUUGAGGACGUCCUUCCGUCUCUCAAGACAAACUCGGACGGAUUGAAGCAGGUCUUGGAGGAGCUAUUGAAGCAGUACAAGUCGAAGCAGGCGGAUCUGGAUAACUGGAAGAAGAAGAAUAACAUCCAGGUUGUACAGCCUUAGAGCAACGGUGCUGGUGUUUUCUCACGGUUUCUGUAUCCUCUUCAUGCAGCGUUAUACACUGAAAAAUAAUAUUUCUAUAGUGAAAGCAUG